UCCAUCCUUCCAAUGUGGAUUCCCUGCUGAUGCUGGUGCCCGCAGCCUCACUCCUUUAGAUUCCCCUCCGCUUUUCAGCUGGUGGCUCUGCGCCUUGGCGUAUAUCCAAUCGUUCCUUGUCCCUGUCUUCGUAUCUGUCCUUACCGAUCGCUUCGACUGUCUUCCCACCCCCUUGCGCUUUUGUAUGCCAUUGGACCGGUCUGCAGCGUGCAUGUUUCAUGUGUUGUCUAUCCCUCUAAAGCCCAAGUUCCGACAUGUCUGGUGCCAGUACAAGUACCACGCGAAGUGACUCCGCCCACAGUCGCAUAGCUGACUCUCCAACUUCGGACCCUGCAGCUGCAGACGCUUGCUUUGAUACUGCAUUACCGCCCAUGAGUUCCAAACAGAUGGUCGUCUCCACGCGUCGUCCACCCCGUGCUUCCGAAUCCUCCCUGAUCGCUACUAACCUCCGCAACACCAAUCGCGCCGUCGCUACCCUGCCAUACACCCCCGGAACGACCACCCUUGCUCGCGGGCCCAGCACACAUCGUCGUACCGGCAGCACCCUCAAGACCGUCAUGCGGAAGAUCUUCACCCGCAAAAGCCGCGGGCAGGAGGACGACGAUUCCGCUGAUUGUCGGUUCGGCAACCACAGUCCGCGAUCGAAUCAAUCGCUUGACAAGCCGCAGCCGCUCUCCGGUUCGUGGAACGCCAAAUCCACCAGUCCGUUGCAACAGGAACACGGGCCCGUCACCUCGUGGGAAGAGGCCCUGCGCAAGCUCGAACCGCAACCCCGCCGCCGACGGGCCACGCUGCCGAGCUUGAUCUUUUCGGACGACGAAUCUCGCGGUGCCCUGGAAGCGGUCGUGCAUUCGGGCCGACCGACCAGUAGACGGGACAACAGUCCGCAUGCUAACAGUGAUCCGGAUGAGGUCCGCCUCCGAGAGAUGCGCCAGAUCAAGCGUCGCUCCCGCAGCGCGACCGCCCUGCGCAGCAUGGCCAAAGAUCACCUGAUGUCUCCCAUUCAAUGGCGUCGCCGCAGUCUGGAGUCGUACGCCGGAUCGACUACCUUUGGCGCGGUCUCCGAGGCAGAUGCAUCGGAACGACCCCCAACUCGGACUACGGUCGCCAGUGCCCCCAAACCCACCACGGAGCCGUCCUUCCUGGAUGGGCCGGAUGAGGACGACGAGGAAGACGCACCAGAGGAGCCCAUGCCCCAAAUGGUGGGGACGCUAGUCAACUCAUUACAACACGAUGAGAAUGUGACGCUGGAACAGCGACUGACCACCUUGGAGGUAAAAUUGAUCGACUUGGAAUGUGCGAUCGCACGCAUACAGUCUGGGCGCAGUGAAACGCCGACCGAGCCGUCGGGACAGAGGAAACCGUCACCCCCGACGACACGGCACAAGCGCAAGCAAUCGUCGGCCCAGUCGCCGUCGGGUAGUGAUGAAACCCCGGGCGCCAAGUCGCCCGGCGGCGCCGAUCGCCCGUCUAGCACGAGCACACUGCGCCCGAACCAUCUCCACCGCUCGCGUACAUUGCAGGCCCCGUCCUCCACGUCGCUGCACGAAUGCAAUACCAUCUCCGUCGAACAGUAUAGCGCACUCGUGAUGUUGCUGCGCCGGGAGCAGUCUGCGCGACGCAAUCUCGAGGAACAGGUGUCCAGUCUGCGGAGCGAUGUCGAGCAACUCACGCGCGUGGCACGCGAAUCCAUGGGCAUGGGUCCGAUUUAUCCCAUCCCAAUUGACGCGCAUGAUAUUAUGCGCAUGCGGCAGACCCUGGGGCCGUCUCCAACCAACUCGAGGCCGCCGACGGAAAAGAUCUCCCCGGACAGUGAUUCCGAGGAGCGUCCGGAGCUCCCUCCGAAGGGAGACCUGUAUAAUCCGCGGUGGCCGUCGGCGCGACGCGUCGAAGUUGGCGGGAUGAUAUGAUGCCAACAUUUAUUCUUACUCUUCUAUUCCCCUUCUCACCCUCCCUCUUCUCCUCUCUUAUGACCAUAUCUGCUUCAUACCCUCAUUGGUUAUUAUUAUUAU